GUUACGUAAGCAUCUAAGUAAGUAAAUGAACAAUCUAAGAAAUGUAGACAAAACUUUUGUUUACAACAAAACAAAAAAGAAGAGUCAUUGAUAGGAUUAUGUAAUUACAGUGAAAUACAAAAAAAAUGUACGCAGUGCUAGAAUUAGCGGAGAUAAAGCUAAGUUCGAAAAAUAAUCGAGUCAGCCAGUUCAGCAGAGCAAAGAGGGACUAACGGAAGACGGUUAUUAGCAAACUCUCCUUGACAGCUGGUCCUUGCAUGCCGACAAAGGAAAAACCCCAUAUAAGCGCCCCCUUGCUUGUUGUUCGUCAUUCAUCACGAACAUCACCAUCAAUCAUGGAGAGACUCGUGUUUCUACUCAUUCUCUGCGCAGCGGCGUUUGCAUCUAUCGAAGAAAACCGCGGUCUUGAAGAAGAAGAAGAAUUGUUUGAAGGCGACAUGAAGCUGACUGACGACCAGAUGAACCAGUUAAACGCCCGUGCUGCAAUUUUUACGAGAAAGUGGCCGGGGGGCGAGGUUGCUUAUGAGUUGGACUCUUCCAUCUCGGCCCCCGUCACUCAACCUCCACCAAGCACACCGGCGCCACCAAUCGAAAAGUUUAGCUGUAACUUUGAUCUCGACACGGCUUUAUCAACCUGAAAACUGACAAGUUCGACUGGUCCAGAUGGAGUGGAAGCACACCCUCAAGUGGUACCGGACCCAGCUCAGGAAAUGGAGGAAAAGGCAACUACAUGUACAUCGAGACAUCCCAUCCCAGAUUACCCAAUGACAACGCAAAGCUGGAAAAACCUGGCCUUAGCUUUGACGGAAAUACCUGUGUUCGGUUUUUCUACCACAUGAACGGUACCAGCAUGGGUAAGCUUGUCGUCAAGAUUGGAUCCAAGGUUGUCCUUACACUUGCCGGUAACAAAGGAAAUGCCUGGAAGAUGGCAAAUAUUGCAAUCAAGGACGUCGGUGUAUAUCCUCUCGUGUUCGAGGGAAUCAGAGGCAAUGGCUGGUCCAGUGACAUAGCAAUUGAUGACGUAUCUGUGGAAUCAUGUGAAGCUUUUACUAUCACAUGAAUGGCAAAGAUGUGAACAAGCUGUUGGUGAAGGUCGGUGAUAACGCAUGAAAAAGGCUGAGAUCAGAGUGAAGGAGCAAGGUUCUAUUCUCGUGUUUGAAGGAUUCAGAGGCGCAAACUGGCAGGGAGACAUUGCCAUCGAUGACGUGUCUGUAAUGUCCUGCGGAGGAAUUCAACCUACUGCAAGCCCACCAAAGCCCCCGACAGGAGCUCCCCCGCAGGCAUUGCUGAAUGGCAAUUGUAUUGCUUUCCCUGGAAGCUGUGGAAUUCGCCCACACACCAGGAUUGUUGGAGGAACCGCUGCCAAGCAAAACAGCUGGCCAUGGCAGGCUCAACUCAGGACGACUUCCGGUUUACCCUACUGCGGCGGCUCCUUGAUUCAUCCACAGUGGAUUCUGACGGCAACUCACUGCGUUAGCGGGAAAUCGGCGUCAUCCAUUGUCAUCAGAGAAUUCUCACAAGACUCGGAGCCCAUAAAAGAGGACCUCGAAUGUCGGUACAGAGCAAGAUAUCAAAGUGUCAAAGGUGAUCACUCACGCCAGCUACCACAAAUUCACCUCCUACGCCCAUGACAUCGCGCUGCUUAAACUCGAGAAGCCAGCCACACUCAACAAGAAUGUCAACUUGGUCUGUUUGCCCGAUAAUGUCCCCGCCCUAUCUGACGGUACUCGCUGCUACAUCACGGGAUUGGGUCGUCUUGCUUCCGGUGGAGCCACUCCCGACAUCCUUCAAGAAGCCAUUCCGAAGAAGUCCCGGUUGUGAGCAAAGGUCGCUGUGACAAGGGUUAUCCCGGCAAAAUACAUAGCUCUAUGCUGUGCGCAGGUCUGGAUAAGGGUUGAAUAGAUGCCUGCCAGGGGGAUUCUGGAGGUCCGUUGGUGUGUGAGAGUGGAGGACGGUUCUACAUCCACGGAGCCACCAGCUGGGGAUAUGGCUGCGCAAGGCCUGGGAAGUACGGGGUCUAUGCGCAUGCCAAGAACUUUAUCGGAUUGGUCAGGUCUGAGAUGGCCAAGAAUUAAGAAACGUUGAUUCAACAAAGUCAACAAAUUUUACAACAUGAAACUUAAAUCAAGUAUAAUUUCAUACGCAGAUGUCACGUCUGAUUCAGCAAUAAAAUAGUCAUUGAACUCAUCAAUGAAGUAUGUACUUCUUUUAUCAAAUUCUCAAAUUAUUACAAAAAACUCAAUCAAUUUUCAAGUAGAAAGAGUCCCCCCCCCCCUUCUGGACGACCAUCUUGCCUCACAUAUCUACGUCUUCGAAGUAUAUCACCUUGUUUUCAAUCAUCAUCAAAAGCCAAAAAAGGCCAAUGACAUUUGACAAUGGCGUGAUAAUAAUAUUUAGGCAAACUUCUAAAUUUCCAGACAAUUACUUUUUUUGAGGAUUUGGCAACUUUUAGCCUUGGUAAUGGUAGAACUAUAAAAUAUUGCUUGGAGAACUACAACGCUGGUAUAGUUGAUAAAGGCUUAAUGGUCGAGUAGUUCUCUCAUCCCUUAGGGAUGUCUAUUGAAUCAAGUGUUCCACCAGAAUGCCCAGACCAAUGCUAGUACUCUAAGCCUGCCUGAAUCUGCAUAGUUUAUAUCGCUACUUGCAUAAAUGAUCGUUCCUUCUGAUAGAACACGAAAGUCAGGAAAGCAAAUAUGUUUGCUCGGAUGUGAGGAAAAAAAAACUAUUCUAUGGAGUUUUCUAAAGUGCACUUUGGUAUUUUUAUUGGAAGAUGAAAACGUAAUUUGGAUGUCCUUUCCAUAAAUUGUUGGACAUGGCAGGGCUAUUUGACUUUAGCCGUACAGGCUGGAGCGUGUGGUUCACCUACUUCAUCGUGUUGAUAAUGAUCGCCAUCACGGGGUUCUUUAUCCUUGCCUCCAUCAUCCUCACCAUCAAAAGGUUUUGCCAGGGGCUGAAACAAGAAGGAGAAGCCUUCGAUGCUCUGCCUGAAGAGGGAGAUGAAGCAGAUGGCGGCUUCAAAUCGUUCUUACAAUUCCUUCAAAGAGAUAAAGACUACGAGUUGGUGACAGUCACCAAAGGGGUUAUGGGGAAUUACUCCCACAUAGGGGUACGGCUGGAAGGAGGUCUUGAUAAUCCCUCACUUCACGGUGAUCCAGGAAUAUUCGUCCAAGCUGUCAAAAAAGACAGUCCUGCAUACGGAAAACUGUAUCCCGGAGACAGGAUUCUAUCGGUUAACGGUGAGCGCGUGACACGGGUGCCACGUAAGUACGUGGAGGUAAUGAUCAAGAUGGCGGAAGGAGUGGUGAGGUUUUACGUCAAGAGAGCGCCAAAACGACAGAAACGCGUCUACAAAGCAAUGGACGAGUAUAAUGCAGACGUGCGCAAAGGAGUCUUUACAAAGCAACAGUUUGAAGAAAUCGAGGAUGCAUUCUCAGUGUUUGAUCCCGAUUGCAAGGGGCGCGUCAAGACGAUGGACUGUGUACCUCUAGUGCGCUCACUUGGGUACAACCUGCACGAAGCUGAGAUCUGGGUCUAUAUGAACGAGCUCGGAUAUACAGGAAACACCAAGGUACUCCUCACAGAGUUUAUCAAACUAAUGAACCUCAUUGUGACGGAGCACGGUUCAUUCGAGGACGAGAUACUUUUUGCGUACUCGGUGUUUGAUCCUGAAGACGAGGGCUACAUAUCCGUGGAGGAGUUCCAGAAGGCGUUUGACCGCAUGUCCGGUAGAGAGAGGAUUAAGGAUGAUGAAAUUGACGAGAUCAAGAGACUUGGGGACAAGGAUGGCGACGGCAAGCUCGAAUUUCGAGACUUGCGAAGAUUACUGUUGCCAACCAUGAAGAUGUAUUGAGUGAAAGCUCGAGAGAAGCAAGGCUGUCACGAGCUUAAUCAAGAAAAUACUAACGAAAUAGGGAAUAAAUCAGCCUUCAUACUGAGGAGGAAAUAAACAAUUUAUCAAAGUUUUUACAGUUAAACAAGUGAGACAUUAUAUUUGCGCACACAAAAUACUGAAACGGGGCCCCCUGUAAGAAGUGUACCAAAAAUAUUUACCAAAAAUCAUGCAAAAAAACUUAGUUUAAACAACCGAAACUCGACAAUAAAAGUUUUAAGAAAGUGAAA